CUAAACGUUCCUGCCAUAUUUAUGAAAGUAUCAUUAGACGAAGGUCCUGGACCGCAAAUAAGUAUCAGAAUCCAGAUCUGAGUAAAUUACAUCAUGUAGUUUCGCAUUUGAUUCGAUCCUGUGACGUUUCAAGUAGGUGCCAGAGCUCCAACAGUGCCGUUCCAGUGAAACCAAAUAUUUACAUUGAUCCGCAUAUAACUUAUGACAUGUUGAUGCCUAUUUCUCCGGAGUGUAACGAAUACCUCUUCAAUAAAGUAAGUUACGUCAAGCGAUUAAUUGAGGAUACAAAUAUAGGUGAAGAAGGAGUGAAAUUGCUACAGUAUUGUAGUUGGGAAAAUCCUCAUUUUUCUCGAUCAUUACUUACGGAACUACUGUGGCAUUGUGGAUACGCUUACUGGCAUGAUAUGAAACACCAUACUGAACUGCUGUUACAAUUGCUGCUGAUAGAAGACUCUUGGCAGAACCAUAGGAUACACAACGCUAUUCUUGGCAUUUCAGAUGACAGGGAAGGUUUAUUAGACAUCAUCCAGAGGAACAAAAUUAAUUACCAGAAACGCGCUUAUCAAUGCAUAAAGUGCUUGGUAACCCUGUUCAAUCGAAGUCGUGUAGCUUUAAACAUGUUACAUAAUACGGUACAACUAGCCCGUCAAUGGACACAUGCAGUCGAGUGGCUGCAAGACGAGUUGGACAGACACCGAGUAUCUGGUGGACAAUAUAACUACAAUUCGUGGUCACCUCCUGCACAAAGCAACGACAAUACGAAUAGUUUUGUGUUAGAACGAUCACAGUCUGCCAAAAACUUGUUACAAAUGGCAUUUCAACUUUGUCCAGAAGAUCAGGAUCAGGAGGAACCACAUGAACAUGAGAUUGAGAAUAAUAUUGACAAUCAUCCAGCGGCACCAGCAACCACAGCCAUAACUGAAACAACGAAACAUGCUUGUCUACAGAAGCAGCAACAAUUGCUGUUUUCUUCAUGCGAGGAAAACUUAAAUUCUAGUCCGUCUUCUAUUUCUAACGUCAGUAAGCUAAUGUCUAAAGUAAAUAUUCACACAGAUGUUGGAUAUGAAUCAUCGACAACAUCUCCAGAGCUCAAAACGCCGGCUCAAAAUGUGAUUUUCAAUAGGAAGAAGGAAAAAAAGCGAGAAAACGUAAGAGAGUAAGUAGUCAGAAAGGAUUAGGCUAUUUGGAAACAGCCAAUUUAUACUGGACGGAACUGGUAAAUUGGAUAAGAAUUGUAAAAGGUGUGUGCUUGCAUGAUUUACUUAUUUGAGAAUUACCCAAAAGCCACAUGAGAACCUCAUUUCCUUCAAUUACUACUCCACUGCAACACACACCUAAUAAUGAUCACUAACAUUCAUAUAGUUUCAGCAUUAUCGACAUUUAUAAUCAAAAGGUGAGUUGUAAAGUAUAAUUACCAUGCAUAGAUAUAAGUUAAUGUACCAGAACCUGGACGGACACGAGCCUACCCAGGGGAGGACCCGGAUACGACCACCCAUGUGUGUCUAGAGUAUCGCACGAGCUGACGAGUGCAACGGGAAGGACAGUAGGUGUAUAGACUAGGGGGUUAGUCCCUAGAUAAGCCAACUUAGCGGUUGGCACAGCCUAUACACUGAACAAUUACAAUUACAAUUACAAUCACGCUACGGCAUGACUCACAAAUGCUCAUCGUUUCAUCAAUUUUGUGGUUAUAUCCCAUAGAAUGUAUUUUUUACCAUCGUUGACGAUAUGGCCCGUAACUUAUUUCGGUUGCAUCUCGGAUUAUUUAUAUUUGCACAACAUUUCAAUCUUUUGAGCCUUUUUUUAUUUUUUUUUAACUCUUUAUUUGUUCCAAAUUCAAAAUAAAUUACAUUUCAUUUUAACCUAGGUGCUCCAGUUACUACAGUAACUUACCAGCCUUAAUUGUUAUGAUAUAUAUCUAAGUGUUUUUACAUUGUUCCUGCCUUGACAAUUCAGUAUUUUAAACAGGUUUUUUUUAAACCUGCAUGUCAGUAUAACAAUUGAAAUCUUAAAACUAAAAACUAAAAAUAAAUCUUAUCUAAGUAUAAAGGGAAUUAAUCGUUGCAAUUGAGGAUUGCAACGAUUUUUGCCUGAAAAUAUUAAUUAUUUUGUUGGACAUUUGUUCUAAAGUCUCAACAUUCGAAAUUCUAUGUACUUCGGUAGUACUGUACCAGGAAGGCAACUUCAAAAUCAUCUUCAGAACUUUGUUCUGAAUCCUUUGAAGUGCUUUUGUUUCCUGGUAGUGCAACAACUAGACCAUAUUGGCACAGCGUUAAGCAUGGCUGGUCUAAAAACUUGUUUAAGUAAAGUUUGGAUUUUCUGUUUAUAAGAGGAUACAAAUAUUUUAUAUAUUUGUUACAUUUGGCUUGAAUGCCCUCAAUGUGAUCUUUAAAAGUAAGUUAAUUUUUGGUCAAGUAUUAAUCCAAGAUAUUUCACUUGGUUUGACCAGGAAAUUGGAACACCGUUCAUAGUGACUAUGUGACUACUACUAGGUUUCAAAAAGGAAGCACUAGGCUUAUGUAGAAAUAUUAUAAGUUGAGUUGGGGGCGACCUCGGCGUAGUGGUUAACAUCCAUACCUCUCACGCCAAAGUCACGAGUUCAAAUCUCACCCCCGGACAAGUCACGAAUGACCCAAGAGUGUUAA